GUUGCCACCAGACAUUUCAUUCAAGCAAUUGAGAGAUAUUGGGCCCGAGAUAACAAAAUGUCAGAUCCAUCGCAGUCCAAUGAUGGCUCAAUAAGGGGCAUUGCUGAUGGCAUCGCUCCAACCCAUACUUAUGUCCCAAAUGAGGGCUACGUCAAUUCUGGCCAGUCGAGAAGAUUGACUCCAGGGACUUUUAUUCAAGAUGAAGACGAAGAGGAUGAAGAAGAGGACGAUGAAUACGAUUACGGCAACGAAGGCGAAGAUGUACUUGAUGAUCCAGAGUAUCUUGGCUCCGGAAACGCCUCAGACUUGACCAAAUCAUACAACCGACAGAAACGACUCAACGAAGCGAUUUCAGACUCGAACGUACCGCAAUGGCAAUACCCACGAGCCAAUCCGCAGAAACCGCCGAAAUUAAGAAUGGGUGAUCUCGAGUUUGACAUGAAGAAGCUGAAGAUCGAGGGCGUCGAAUCAAUACCUAGCGGUCAUCGUGAUAAGGAUAAAAGCGACCGAGCGACCACCGAACAAGUUCUCGACCCCAACACCCGAAGAAUCUUGUUCAAGAUGAUCAACUCUGGAAUCGUGUCUGAAGUCAAUGGAACAAUCUCCACGGGGAAAGAAGCUAAUGUUUACCACGGUCUCGCCGCUUCAGAAGACGAUUCGAGUCCCGACGUCCAUGUCGCCAUCAAAGUGUACAAGACCAGUAUUCUGGUAUUCAAAGACCGUGAGAAAUACGUCACUGGAGAAUUCCGGUUCAGAAAGGGAUUCAACAAGAGCGACAAUCGCGCCAUGGUGAAACUCUGGGCUGAAAAGGAAAUGCGAAACUUAAAACGAAUACACAGUGUCGGCAUCCCGAGUCCCGAACCACUCUAUCUCCGUCGCCAUGUUCUGGGCAUGACUUUCAUCGGCGACUCAAGAGGUAAAGCAGCACCAAGAUUGAAAGACGUGGAAUUCAUGGACGAAAACCCCGUGGCGAGAUGGAGAUCCGUGUAUCUCGAUGUCCUUGCUUACAUGCGCAUCAUGCUCCAGCAAUGUAAGCUCGUGCAUGCGGAUUUGAGCGAGUACAAUAUCUUGUUCCACAAGAACAAACCUUUUAUCAUCGAUGUCAGCCAGAGUGUGGAAGGAGAUCAUCCACGCAGUCUGGAUUUCCUACGCAUGGAUAUCAAGAACGUCAAUGACUUUUUCCGACGUCAAGGUGUAUUGGUUUUGUCGGACAGAAGCACGUUUAAUUUUAUCACACGGCAAACGGGAAGUCUGGAGCUUGAUGCCUUGAGGGCGGAGAUCGAUAAAAUCAUGUCUGAACGGACAGAUGACGACGGUGAAGACGAGGUCGAGAACGAAGUGUUUCGCAAACAGUAUAUUCCACAAACCCUGGAUGAAGUCUACGACGCUGAAAACGACGCUGAGAAGAUCAGAGCUGGUGGUCGAGAAGCACUGGUCUACAAAGACCUCUUGGCUCCUUUACGGUCUGAAGGUCAGCUUCCAGAUCCGUCCACAUCACAGACCCUCGACCAAGAGGAUAAUGAUGAUAAUGAUGACGACGACGACAACGAAGAAGGUGGAACGACGUUGAAACCACGAACACCCUCCGACAGUGAUCGGUCUAACGACCAAGACUCAAAUUCCGAAGGCUACAGCGACUCCGAAACCGAAUCUCGACCGCGAGGGAAGCGAUUCCAGGAUAAGGAUGAGAAACGGGAACAUAAGAAGAAAGUCAAGGAGGAGAAGAGGGAGAAAAGAGCCACGAAAAUGCCCAAGGCGGUCAAGAAGAAACUGGUGUCGCAAAGUAGUCGACAUAAGCAUUGAAGAUGAUAAGGCUUUAUUGUCUAGCAUCGAGAUGCAGAUGGUUGAGAUCGAAAUAGGUUCCAAUUCUAAGAGAAAUUCUCCUUAAGGAGAUAUAGGUUCGAUUCGAACAAUUUCGAACAAUGCUCAAGGACUUGGGACGUUAUCGAUUGAGUUCAUCAAUUAUCGUCCACUCGCUUUCAACCUCUUCAAAGCCUCCUCGACAGUUUUCCUCGGCAGAUCCGGAAUACUUUCAGCAGCACCAGCGGCGCCGACCCCCAUGUCAUUGUCAUCGAGUCGGUCGAUUGAAUAGCGGGCAGGAAGAUGGUUGAUACCGGCCCAAAUAUCACUAGGCAAGAAUUCGCCUUGUGUUUCACGGAAGUCUCCGCGUAGUUUAGCGUCUUGUUCAUACAAGACGUCUAAUCUCUCUCGUGCCUCGGCCACAACUCGUUCCAUAUGUUUCCUCACUGCCCUUCGUCGGGCGACUUCAACGAUUAAGCCAU